GUGGGUGGGAGCGGGAACGGCUCUGGUCUGCAGUGCGAGGGGAGCGCCGCCGCCGCCGCCGCUCCUGCCGCUUCGGCUGCUGUAACCACCGCCGCUGCCGCAGCCGCUGCCGACAUGUUCCAGGGGCGGGAGAACGAGGGCGGCAAGCCAAGCUCCAGGGUAAUGAAACCCCCUGGAGGAGACUCAAGUAAUCUCUUUGGAACUCCAGAAGAAGUUAUUCCUUCAAGUAGACCAAAUAGAAUGGCAUCUAAUAUCUUUGGAGCAUCUGAGGAACCUCAGAAUAUACCCAAAAGGUCAAAUCCUCCAGGAGGGAAAGGAAGUGGUAUCUUUGAAGAGCCUACUCCUGUGCAGGCUCGAUGUCGUUCAAAUCCUCCUGGUGGGAAGACCAGUGACAUCUUCGGGUCUCCAGUCACCAUUACUGUGCCCUUAGCACACCCAAACAAACCCAAGGAUCAUAUUGUCUUACGUGAAGGCGAGGACACAAAAUUGCAACUCAAAGCUACAGAGAAUACACAGUCUUCAAGAGAAGAACAUGAUGAGAAAUGUGACAAAGGAAAGGAGGAACGAGCCAAGGAAGCUGAGUCUAAACUCAAGAUUGACAACCAUGAGCCCAGGUUGGGCCCCAGGCCUCGCUCACACAACAAAGUCCUUAACCCACCUGGUGGCAAAUCUAGCAUCUCUUUCUACUAAAGGAAACUAAUACCAGCAUCUUCAGACCAGAAACUCUUCUGUUAGGGUGUCAAGGUUUAUGGUUUCUAAUUAGUACAAGUUGGGGUGGGGUGGGGAGGGAAGGGGUUGAUGAUUUAUGUGAAGAUUUUCAUGUAGCUUGCUGCUCAAACUUGUCUUCUAGAAACGGCUAGGGCUACACAGGACCAGGGGACACAGAGCCUUUCAGGGAAUAAAGAAAACAAAUCUUAUGGGAGCAAUAAGGAAUUCCCCAGGUUUGCAUCCAAGAAUUAGUUCCAAAUGUGAGAGAAUCUUUGAUGGAGUGAAAGAAAAGGGGGAAAGAGUAGGAUCUUCAUGGGUACUAGGAACAUCUGUGUUUUGGUGGGCAAACGCACAUCUAGGGAUGGUCCUGCAGCAGUAGCCAUUGACAGUGUCACUAGGGGACUAAAAAUCCAUGUGAAUGAUGUAUUGGACAGCUGCCCAAGGAAUACUCCCCCUCUCUUUGUCUGGUAAAGGGAUACAACUUGUGUUCUAGAAGGGUAAUAGAUCAUUUAGCUCACAGAGUCCUUAAAUUAUAGGGUGAUGAUACAGGACCUUUACCUUUUCUGGGGGCAUUACUAAUAUUUAACAAAACGGGUGUCAAAUCUGUUUGUGUCCUUUUAAGUUUGCCUCCAUGAUGCAUUGUUCUGCAGAUAUCCUGAGGGUUUUUGACCUCUUUCCCACAAAAGCCAGGAAAAGACUCACUAAGCUGCAACUUGAAAGGGGUAUCAGACUUGAUUUGACAUCUUGCAAGUGCUUAUUGGUCAAGCCAAUUUUCCUUUUCCCUUGUUUGUAGACCUAUCCUUAAUGGCAGAUUUUUGCACCCAGAUCUUCCAAGGGCAUCAGUACCUUCUGUCAUCUAGGAGCCCUUGGCCUGAUCUUAGAUCAAAAGGCCUGCCUUACAUAAGAGAGUAAGUUGGUUCUCUUAGUAACUGAUUUUUAAAGUGAAUAAUUUCUCCUUGCCAUUCUCAUAAGCCUUAAAUGCCUUUGACUGCCUCUGCAGUUCACCAGUGGUGAACUUUCACAAACCACAGUUCUUUUCUAAAAGGGGGGAGUGGGGCCUUCGGUCUUUUGUAAAGGCCUUAUAAACCUAUCUGAUUUCUUUCUGAUAUUUUGGUUAUUCAUAUUUUUCUAACACUUUUUUUUUUUUUGCUUUAAUCACUUGAUGGGGGAGGAGAGCAAAUCACUGAGAACCUUUAGUUCUUCAAAAUUAACAUUUUGGACAAUAUUUAAAGAGCUAUUUUUAAUGCUGUUCAAAUACCAGCUUCACAAACUGCUGAUAACUUUGAACUAUUUAUGACACCUUAAUUACAUAGGUACACUAACGAGUAAGCAGAAAAUUCCCUUGUAUGAGUGAUUACUCAUUUUGGGGAAUCUCUGCAAUCUUCUGCCUAGUGAAAAUGGAAAUGUUAGAUAUGGAAAUUAACUAGCUCUAAUAUCAGUGGAUAAAAUAUGAGUUUUUCAAGUGGAGAUAAUAGACUGCAAUUUUCUUGAAGCUAUUCUAAUCACAUUUAACUACAGAAUCAUGUCCCUUUGACCCAUUUAGGGAAAUGUUCCUCAGUCAGAAGACUAAAUAACACUGUAUUUUACAAUUCCAUACCUCUUACAUUUUGGAACACACAUUAUUACCAUGCAAGUAGAGCAGAUGAGGUUUCAUGAUGGUGGGUUUCAUGAUGGAUAUCUACAAGGUGAACACCAAAUUCUGGAAAUACUCUUCUACUUGGAAUAUUUAACAAACUGACACCUUGUAUUAAUAUGUACCCAUUGUCCUCAAUAUUUAAGUGCCUAUAGCAAAUUGCUGUUAAACACUUCUUUGGCAAAUUAAGGGAACUGGCAUGUGGGAUUCGUUAGCCAAAGAUUUUACCUCUUGGGGAUUCUCUGAUGAUUUUGGAAAUUGCUUUAUAGCUAUGAUGAACUUGCUGUUUCCCGUGUGCUUGUAAAGUACAGACAAUACCCAAUUUAACUAACGGGCUGUGUUCUAAGAUUUUGGAAGUCAGUUGUUUGAAACAAAAUCAUGUUUAUGUAGAAACAAGUUGUAAAUGGUGAAUUCUUAGGCUAGAUAACAGAAGUCUACUUAACCCGGAAUGUAGCUAAACUAUGGAACCUAAUCACCAUUUAUAACCAUGUAUCUAUGGGAAAACAUGUUUCAGAUGAUAGCUUACAGUGGCAAAAACAUACCUCAUUAGCCACAUCCCUGGCAAUGCUAAUUCCCUUUUUCCACCUGAAUUCUGAAGCUCUAAGCCACUAUUGACUCCUAGAACAAGAAUUCAAGUAGAAUGAGGUGGGGAAUGACCGGGAUAAAGUAUCCAAUGAGGAAGAUGAGCAGAAGUGGUGUUCUAAAUAGCAGCCAUAGGAUAACAUUUUCCUUGCCCUUUUAACUUUUUUUUCCUUGUUACCUGGUUAUCUUGUUGCUGUGGACCCUGAAACGGUGUAGAGGGGCUCAGAAAGGGUGGAGAAUGAAAAUAGCACAUGAGAAUGAGAUUGGCUAGCAGGAAGAAGUGUUAAUGCAUCUGUGCUCAUUUGUAUGUAAAGGAGGUACAUAUAUGUCUGGCAUUUGUCUGUUGAACUGCCUAUAUUUGGAAGAUCCAAAGACUCUUAGCAUCCUACUCUCAGUCUCUUCUAAAAUGCAUUAAGAAAUUGUCUUGUAUUUUUUUUAUUAUGCCUUAAAACUUGUUUUUGUUUUUUUUAAUGCAGUUGGUGCCAACAUUUUCUCUAGAACUACGUCCAGAAACUGUGCUUAUAUUUUACAGUGUAAUUUUGAUGGGGGCAUUUUCUUACUUUUGCAGGGCAGAAAUGGGAAUAACAUUUACAUUAAACUUGGCAAUCAUGUAGUCAAAA